GGUGGACACAUCCGGCGGUGCCGUUACAUAUAAUUGGCUAGGCAAAACACACAACGUCCUAUAUAAACACACAAGGAAACACAAAGGAAGAAGAACUACACGCACGCAAGCGUAGCUGACUAGCCUCCUGCCCCCUCCUGUACUAUACGGCUAUACGCCAUGGCCAUGCUGAAGAAGAACAGGAGCGCCCUCUGGUGCGGCUCCGUGGCCGCUGUCAUGGUGAUCAUGGCUACCACCCUCCUUCUCUCCUCGUGUGAUGCCCACAAAGAGAUCAAUGAGUCUGGUGCUCUUUUUGUGCCGGCGUCGUGCUACUCCAACUACUUCCCACACUGCACCGACCACCGGUGCAAGAAGUUCUGCGGCGGCGUGCAGGCGCCCCCGGUGCCCGGAGCCUUCUGCAACGACAGAAGCAACUGCUGCUGCCCCGUUAGUUGAGUUCCGUAGAAAUGAUUCAGCUAAGAAAUAAUUCAAGAUGCUAAGAAAUGUACUCGGGGAUGCUUUCACCGAACGUUGGCCAGGCUCAGCAAGGCGUUUUCUAAUCUUUUGUAAACAGGCUUUGGGUAAAUUGUUUGUCUUUUGAACGGGGGAGAGGAGGAUGCGACGGAGGUAAAGGUGCCCCUUCCCGAACCGGUGUGGUUCAGACGGAGUGCAGUCGGCAUGCAUGGAGCACCUUGCACCAAAACGGGAGGCAUGGGCGGGUGGUGCCGUAUGCCGUGUGCAGCAGUAGGAAAGAUGUAAGACUACUGUAGUUUCACAUCAAAUUUCACUGCUGGUUCUCCGGAAGACAUUGCACUCCAUUAAAUCGAAUACAUCUUUUUUUCUAAA